AUGCCUUCUGCCGGUACCCCAUCGGCCUCAAAUUCCGGUAGCGCUGCUGGCAUGCUUGCGCCGUUCGCGAACGAGCUCGACAAGAUCGCACCAUCCUUCAGCGUCAACGGCUCCCAGAUCCAGAUCAUUAGAACACCGGCCGACUUUUAUGAAACACUCAAGGAGCGGAUACGGAACGCAAAGAGGAGGGUAUUCUUGUCCACUCUGUACAUCGGAAAAACAGAGAAGGAGCUGGUUGCGACUCUCCAGGAAGCGCUGCGAAACAACCCCGAGCUGAAGCUCAGCAUCCUGACGGACGCCCUGCGAGGCACUCGAGAGGAGCCGAACCCGUCGUGCGCAUCUCUUCUUGCACCGCUCGUUUUUGAGUUUGGCGCGGAUAGGGUUGAGAUUCGGAUGUACCACACACCCAACCUGACAGGCGUAAGGAAGAAGUACAUACCCAAGCGGAUCAACGAGGGAUGGGGACUGCAACACAUGAAGCUGUACGGGAUUGACGAUGAAAUCAUUCUCUCUGGAGCAAACCUCUCUUCCGAUUACUUCACAAACCGACAAGAUCGCUACCACCUCUUCUCCUCCAAAGACGUUACCGACUACUUCUGGAACAUACACCAUGGUGUCUCAUCCUUCAGCUUCCUUGUUGAGCCCUCAAAAGAAGCUGCUGGAUUCACCUUGACCUGGCCCAAGUCCAAUCCCGCACCCUCACCGCUGGAGGAGCCGAAGCAGUUCAUCGGCACCACCACACCAACCCUGGACGCCCUGAUUUCGCCCAAGCAAUCUGCUUCGGCAGAUGCAGGCAAAGACACCAAGGUGUAUAUGCUGGCUCAACUGUCCCAACUCAUGAAGCCCGAUACCUCGACAGAGCUCCCUGCCAUUACUCACGUAUUAUCGACACUCAGCAAGCCUGAAUACAGCGGCUCGUCGUGGACCUUUACUGCGGGAUACUUCAACCCUGCACCAUCAUUGACUAAGCUGCUGCUCUCGACCGCAUCACGGAACAACGUGGUUAUUACCGCCUCGCAGCAGGCGAACGGGUUCUACCAAUCCCCCGGCGUAUCCGGACUCUUACCGGGCGCCUACACCCUCCUCGCCCGCCGUUUCAUCCGCGCUGUUCAUGAACGCGGGCUCGAUGAUUCCAUUGUCCUGAAGGAGUGGCGCAAGGGGACAGUUGGCGAGCCCGGCGGGUGGACCUACCAUGCCAAAGGCCUCUGGAUCACGCUUCCGGGAGACCAGAACCCCUCGAUUAGCAUCGUGGGAAGCUCAAACUACACGAAACGCAGUUACUCGCAUGACCUCGAGGCCGGCGCCAUGAUCCUGACCAAAGACGAGGACCUCAAGAAGCGCCUUGGCCAGGAGCAGACGUGGCUUCAAGAACACGCUGAGCGUGUCACUCGCGAAGACUUUUCCAAGAACGAGAGACGGGUCGGUCUCCAAGUAAGGUUAGCUAUGUGGAUCGCCCAGGCAGUUGGCGGUGCCUUGUAA